AUGGCGUCUGCACACCCCCGAGUCCACCGGCUCGUCGUCGGGCUCAUCGGCGCCGGCCUCGUCCUGCUCGUCGUCGGCUCCGCCGCCCGCGCCGCCAUCUCCCUCGCGCGCAUCUUCGGCCGCCAUGCCGGAGUUGCCCUGACGCAGCACCAGGUCGCCCUCGCCCACAAGGACGAGUCGCGCGUGCGCCCCGUGCCGCGCAUCAUCCACCAGGUCUUCCACAACUGGGCGUCCCCGGGCAACGAGACGCUCCCCGCCGACUGGGCCGCGAUGCGCCAGAGCUGCCUCGAGCUGCAUCCGACGUGGGAGCACAAGCUGUGGACCGAGGCUGCCUCGCGCCUCUUUAUUCAGACCGAAUACCCCUGGUUCCUCGACACGUACGACGGCUUCCGCUUCCCCGUCCAGCGAAUCGACACGCUGCGAUACUUUCUCCUCCGACACUUUGGCGGCAUCUACAUGGACCUCGACAACGGCUGCCGCGCAAACCUCGAGCCGCUCCUCUACUACCCUGCCUGGGUCACCGACGGCGGCCACGGCACCCUCAGCAACAACAUCAUCGGCGCUGAGCCCGAGCACCCCUUCUGGAUCCUCGUCACCGACUCCCUCGUCUCGUGGGCCGGCGACUUUGUCCUGCCCUACAUCACCAUCAGCUACGCCACGGGCCAGUGGUACGAGACGGAAAUGUGGCAAAUCUACCAUGCCCAGAAACCGCCCCGCAACCCGGACCUCGUCCGCGUCAUGAUGGACGCCCGCCCCACCGGCGCCCCCUGGCUCUUCUUCACCGCCGGCCGCGGCGGCACUUGGGACAACUGGGACAACCGCGUUUUCGGCUGGAUUGGCAACCACCUGUUCGAGGCCUCACUCUACGGCCUCGCCAGCCUCGGCGCCGUAGUCGCCGUCGUGAUGGGAUUCUUUUGUGUUUGGUUUGUGCAAGAGUCAUGUGUUGGAUCUUGA